UCUGCGAGGAAGUCCCGUGAAAGUCAAAUAUUCCUUUCCCUGUCUGCCCCUCCAAAUAAAGUUCUGCUUGCAUUGACAGCGGCAGCUAUUCCACAUCCAGCAAGAUGUCCGUUACGAGCUUCUGGACAUGUGGAGCUCGUCGAGCUCGAGCCCCUCGGUUCAUUUUGAUUAUCAGAAUGAUCGACAGCGUCAACAGCCCGCUUCAUAGCUGAGAAACGACACGACACAAAACAUAAACUCCUCGCAUCCCUCGGAUGACGAUCUUUUAGGAUCGUAUCAAUCUGAUAUGCAGAUUGACAGGGUCAGGUAGGAUCGCGUGGUAUAAGAUUGGAAAAGGAAGCACAACACGUUUUCGACUACCCCUCCUUUCUGCGAACCAAACGUCGAUCAAAUCCAGGAAGGCUGAAGUCUCACCUCGUACCAUCACGCAGCAGCCGUUAUACACGACAUCUGCAGCUCAGCUCGGCAUAACACCUCAAAUCCUCGACUCAAUUGCAUUUCGCUCGGUCCACAAUCAACUCACGAAAUGCCAACUUACCUCCUCCAUGGCUUCCGCUGGGAUCGCGUAAGCAUCCGCGUCCAUAUCGUAGUUCACGACCUCGAAGACGCCGCUCCAGAAUGGAUCGUCGCACCUGCAACCUCCGUCACACUCCUCAAUUCCUUCUACACACUCUUUGACUUCCUGCCGCCAUCAAAUCCGCCGCCCGCAUCAUACCCAUUGGCAUCUGCGGCCGAUAAAGUGGUAGUAGAGGAUGGUACAGACAAUGGAACGAGGACGCUGAAAGAUGCACCGACGGGCAGUAUUGGGUCGUUGAAAGAGCUGGUUAGACGACCUAUAAGUGGAACGAAAGAUAGAGAGAGAGAUUCAAACAGCGAUUCAGGGAGAGAGAAUCAGAAACAGAGACCGAUCUCCACACCCUCCACAACAGCCAAAGCAACGAUGGCGAAAUCCCCCGCAAAACCAGAUAAGAAACCUACAUUCAACGACUGGAGUGCUGUAAAAUUAGUCGAGCAAUUCGAUCCCGACGAUCUUGCGUCCGUCAGCCAGCCCCACGCAUAUGUUGCGGAUUACAUGAUCGAAGUCCCACUCGGCGUUUCCAUCACGGAGGAAAUGGCUAAAUAUGAAGCGAAGAUAAAAGAGGAGGAAGCGUCAUUGAGCUUGCCUAGCACGCCGGGGACGACAGGCGAUGGUACAAAUACUAAUACAGGUAAUGAAAAAGGGGGCUUGAGCACGCCGCCGCUGAGUGCGAGGGAGAUUAGGAGGAGGAGCAGACGCUUGGGCUGGUUUGAGAAGCUGAGAGAUGGGCUACAGAAGGGAGAGGAUAUUGGGUGGUUUGUGGUUGUCUGUGGAGAUGAGGAGAGGAAGGCACCGAGUGUUGAUAUGACUGAGGGGGAGAGCAGUGGGAGUGAGGAGUUGGAAAAGCGGCCCAGAAGUGCGGGUUUAAUAAGGGGGUUCUUUGGGAAGAGGAGAAGUGUGCAGCAAGAAGAGUAAUGGGAUGGUAAUAGCAGUCAGCUUGUUGUUUUGGCCUGCAUCUGUGAGAACGUGAAGUAGGAAUACCCAAAUAAAUACCAACU